CAAUUGUUAACCCCUGCAACGGAUUUUUGAUUUUUCUGUCCAGAAAUCCAAAACCCAAAUAUUAAUUAAAUAAGUACUCCAAUAUAUAAAUACGAAUCUCCCUUCGGUUUCCGAGUUUUGUUUUUGCAACCCUUUAUUGUCAAUCUUUGUGGGAUAUAUUCUCUGGCUGUAGCUAGAAAUUUUCUUUAAAAAAGCUGGCUUUUUUUUUUCUUCUACAGAAAAAGUUUCUAAUUUGAAUAAAAAAUUUCUAAAUUUUACUUUUUUUGUUGGGUUCUGUUUAUCUUUUUCAAAAGCCAUUGGAAGUUCAUUGGAGUAUAUAAUUUUGCUCCCUUUUAUUAGCUCAUUGCAUUUAAUCAUUAAUCAUACACUUAUCGGGUAAUUGAACUCAGAAAUGCCUCUAAUUCGGCGCAAAAAACCCAAUGAACCCAGCAAAACAUCAGCAUCGGAUUCAAAAACACCAAGCGAGGAGGAGGAGGAUAGUAACAAUAAGGAACACCAAAAGAAACCCAUCAGUGGAAGAGCGCAGGAAAAGCCCGGAAGCAAACCGAAAUGGUCUUGCAUAGACAGCUGCUGCUGGUUCGUGGGCUGCAUAUGCAUAGCGUGGUGGGUUCUACUGUUUCUCUACAACGCAAUGCCUGCAUAUGUGCCCCAGUAUGUCACCGAGGCUAUCACGGGUCCCUUGCCGGACCCGCCGGGUGUGAAGCUGAAGAAAGAGGGAUUGAAGGUCAAGCAUCCUGUGGUUUUUGUCCCUGGGAUUGUCACGGCGGGACUUGAGUUGUGGGAAGGCCAUCAGUGUGCUGAUGGCUUGUUUCGGAAGCGGCUUUGGGGUGGAACUUUCGGAGAAGUAUAUAAGAGACCUCUCUGUUGGGUGGAGCAUAUGUCUCUACACAAUGAAACUGGAUUGGAUCCUCCGGGCAUAAGGGUUAGGCCUGUAUCUGGACUUGUUGCUGCUGAUUACUUUGCUCCAGGUUACUUUGUGUGGGCAGUUCUGAUGGCUAACUUGGCACGCAUUGGAUACGAGGAGAAAACAAUGUAUAUGGCCUCAUAUGACUGGAGACUUUCAUUUCAGAACACUGAGGUCCGUGAUCAAACUUUAAGCCGCAUGAAGACUAAUAUAGAAUUGAUGGUUGCUACCAAUGGUGGGAAUAAGGCCGUUAUUAUUCCACAUUCUAUGGGUGUUUUGUACUUUCUGCAUUUCAUGAAGUGGGUUGAGGAACCAGCUCCAAUGGGUGGAGGGGGAGGACCAGAUUGGUGUGCUAAGCAUAUCAAGGCAGUGAUGAAUAUUGGUGGUCCAUUUUUAGGUGUUCCAAAAGCAGUUGCAGGGCUUUUCUCUGCUGAAGCGAGGGAUAUUGCAGUUGCCAGGGCCAUUGCACCAGGCUUUUUGGAAAAUGAUAUAUUUUCCCUUCAGACAUUGCAACAUGUAAUGAGGAUGUCUCGCACAUGGGAUUCAACCAUGUCAAUGAUACCAAGAGGUGGGGACACUAUUUGGGGUGGUCUUGAUUGGGCACCUGAAGAAGGUUACAUUCCUAGCACGAGAAGGCAAAGAAACAAUGACACUAAUAAUGGUUGCCAAGAUGGAAUUGAAAAUGAGGUUUCUCAAAGAGAGAGUGUUAAAUAUGGAAGAAUUAUAUCAUUUGGGAAAGACGUAGCAGAGGCACAUUCAUCUGAUAUUGAGAGGAUUGAGUUUAGAGAUGCUGUUAAAGGUCGUAGUGUUGCAAACAAUACUUGUCGUGAUGUGUGGACAGAGUACCAUGAAAUGGGAUAUGGAGGUAUUAAAGCUGUUGCAGAAUAUAAGCUUUAUACUGCUGGAUCUAUUCUAGAUCUGCUUCAUUUUGUUGCCCCAAAAAUGAUGGAGCGUGGUAGUGCUCAUUUCUCUUAUGGAAUUGCUGACAAUUUGGAUGAUCCAAAGUACAAACACUACAAAUAUUGGUCAAACCCCCUGGAGACAAGGUUACCCAAUGCCCCAGAAAUGGAAAUUUUUUCCAUGUAUGGAGUUGGCAUACCAACUGAAAGAGCUUAUGUUUAUAAGUUAUCUCCUGCGGCUGAAUGCUACAUUCCAUUUCAGAUUGACACAUCAGCUGAUGGGGAAGAUGAAGACAGCUGUUUGAAAGAUGGAGUCUACACUGUUGAUGGGGAUGAGACUGUUCCUGUUUUAAGUGCAGGCUUCAUGUGUGCUAAAGCAUGGCGGGGAAAAACUAGAUUCAAUCCUUCAGGAAGUCGGACAUACAUUAGGGAAUAUUAUCAUUCUCCUCCAGCAAACUUGUUGGAAGGCCGGGGCACCCAAAGUGGUGCUCAUGUUGAUAUAAUGGGAAAUUUUGCUUUAAUUGAGGACUUAAUGAGGGUGGCAGCUGGGGCUACAGGAGAAGAGUUGGGAGGCGAUCAAGUUUAUUCAGAUAUCUUUAAGUGGUCUAAGAAGAUCAAUUUAUCAUUGUAAUUGCAAGGGAUGUGGGACCUGAGGAUGCAAGUGAUUCCAUGAAAACGGCCUUAUUUUUUCUUGUGCUUGUCCUGAACAUUAUAAUUCUGAAGCAAGGCAGCUAAGUUUUCUGGUCUCUUAUCCAACCGUGAUUUAGAAGAAAGCAGCAAAUCUUGCUGCAUCAUGGCAGAUUCGCUUUUCCUGUGAUGUAAAAUUGAACUGCAGCUAUUGUUGUUGCUUUUAUUAAGUUAACCAUUCGAUAUACAUCUUUUGUAUUUUGUACUUGUUGUGCCUGGAACUUUUAAAACUGAAAAUGAUACACCUUCGUAUGUCUUUGGAACUUGGAAGUUGGAACCGUAUAAUUUAUCAAAUUGAUGUGCUUUUGCUGAAA